GGUGAGUUGAUUUUCUUGAGAAAUUAUGCGUCCAUGUUUUAUUUUCACAAUGCAUUGACGAAAAAUAUCGAGGAAAAAUGUACUUGCGGUGAAAAAAAGAAUUUGAAAACGUUUGAAAAUUUGAUAAAAGCCAAAGGUGUAAAUAAUGAAUCCGUUGACCAACGUGAAAAACAUUGCCAAAUUAGGCGAAAACGAUUUACGAGGAAAUCAAAAAACUUCGUGGCACGACGAAUAUAGGGACAGCGCUUGGAUUUUCAUCGGUGGUUUUCCUUACGAUCUCACCGAAGGAGAUCUUAUAACAGUAUUUUCCCAGUACGGUGAGGUCGUUAACAUCAAUUUGGUUCGCGACAAACAUACGGGGAAACAAAAAGGCUAUGGAUUUUUGUGUUAUGAAGAUCAACGGAGUACCAUUCUCGCUGUGGAUAACCUAAACGGUAGUAAAAUUCUAGGAAGAACGAUUCGCGUCGAUCACGUUGCCAAUUACAAAGCACCCAAAGAUUCUGCAAAAAUCGACGAUGUUACAAGGAAAUUGCGACUCGAGGGAUGUGCGCCGACGAAUAACUAAGCUUACGGUUUCUCAUAUUUAUAUUUAGGCUUUUUUGUACUCUACCAUUGUGAACUUGCUAAUUAAUGAAUAAGAACGAAAACAUUUUUGUACACAGUAAGGAAAAAAUUUAACAUCAUUUACCUAAUCCCUCUUCAAAAACCCCGCGUUCGAAUCGAUGUAACGAAAUGAAAAUUUUUCGGUUUGGAAUAAACGACCUUAAGAACAA